UUUUUGUGCUGUUUUCACUUUCUAUUUUCUAAAGCAAUCAAAUAUAGGUUUAGCUUGCCUAUUAUUUUCUAUAUUUAUUCGGGUUGAGUUUGUGAACAAUGAGAAUCGGUUCAGUCUAACUGAGAUUGGCUUGCUUUUCUUCUCAUCUCGUUUUAUCUCUCUUUAUUCAUCUGGGCCUUAUGUGUCUUCAUCAUGUGAAUAUGAACCUGGAUCCUUAUUUGUGUAAUUUAACUUAUGCAGCAUUCAAGACGGAGGUCUUCAGACUCUAGCUCUUGUAGUUCAUCCUCAGAAUUUUCAGGUUCUGAUGGUGAAGAGAGAGAGUCCAAAAGAUCGGAGUCCAGGUUAAAGAGAGAUAAGAAAAGGAACCACAUAUCGAGAAAUAAGAACUUGAGUAGUGAUAAUGAAGAUGGUGGUCCGGUGCCGCUUUCAAGGUUUUUUUAGAGCGUGAAGAGUUGAUGCCUUGACAAAGAUAAUAUCAGUUGUAUUUUUUUUGUGCACUUGGAACAGUUUAUGUGUAGAUGAUUAACCAUCUUGAGAGCUUGUUUACUUCAAUUAUCUUCCAUUUUGAGCGGAAUACUCAUUCACUUUGAUGAAUUAUAUGACAAUAGUUUCAUUUGUACAAAUUGCACUCUCUUCAAUAUAAGAAUAAAACAACAUAUUUAUG